AUGUGUUUUAAAAAGUCAACUUUGAAGCCCUCUGACCAGUUGGCACGUUAUAAUAUUUAUGCUCAUGAGGUGAAAGAAUGUUCCGUAUAUAACUCCUGUGCUAAGCAAGAAAAAAAAUGUAAUGCCAGAUUGAAUUCUACUGAAAAUACUCAAUUAUUAAGCACUAAAAUUGAAACAAAUAAAGGCAGUAGUGAAAAUAUUGAGGAUGAGCUUCUCAAUGAUAUUCAUGAUCUUGAAGAGUUGGUAGCAAAUAAAUUUCAGAAUCGCGAAGAGGAGGAUCGUCAUGCUGAAUUUUCAGUGAUGGUAGAGCUCAAGAGAGAACCUGAAGAAGAAGAAAUGGCAUUGCUUGAGAUUAAUCAACACAAUAAAAAUAAAAAAUUUCAUACUAUAAUUAGCACUUUACUUGAACCUCUUUGUAUUG